CCGUAGGACCGUAGGACUACGAGCGAGUGAUGUCUUUGGAAUCUCGGCCUAGCAACUCGCUUUUCAAGAGGAAAGAACAGCUAAAACGCUGGGAAGACUCCGAAACCAACCAGGAGAGUGCCGACCUACCGCCGGACAAACCGCAGAAAAUCAAAUUCAGCGAUGGGUGCAUAUUUCUCGCCGCUUGUGCUGCCGGGGAUACCGCCGAGGUUUCGCGUCUGCUCGAGAGGGGUGCCGAUAUCAAUACGACCAACGUCGACGGACUCACAGCCUUACAUCAGGCAUGUAUCGACGACAACAUGGCCAUGGUGGAGUUCCUGGUGGAGCACGGCUGCGAUCCAAACCUGGGCGACAACGAAGGCUGGACGCCGCUUCACGCAACGGCCUCCUGUGGCUUUGUCAGCGUUGCCAGGUACCUGAUUGAGAAUGGGGCCAACGUGGCACUGGUGAACAACGACGGCGACCUGCCCAUUGACAUUGCCGAGUCGGGGGAGAUGGAGGAACUCCUGCAGGCCGAGAUUGACCGGCUCGGCGUGGACUGCGAGGCGGCACGCAACGAGGAGGAGCGGCUGAUGCUGGAGGACGCCAAGCAGAUGCUGAACAGCAGCCGGUUGCUGGACAAGGUGCACCCCAAAACGGGGGCCACCUCGCUGCACGUGGCUGCGGCCAAGGGCUACCUCAAGGUCAUGACGCUACUGAUCCAGGCCGGAGUGGACCUGAACGCCCAGGACUGGGACGGCUGGACGCCCCUCCACGCGGCCUCCCACUGGGGCCAGAAGGGGGCCUGCCGCCUGCUGUGCGACUCCCUGGCCAACAUGGCCCUGCCCAACCACGUGGGACAGACCUGCUUCGACCUGGCCGACCCCGAGGUGCUGCCCACCCUCGAGGAGCUCAAGAAGAAGCAGGCCAGUAUGCAGAAGGAGCGUCCCGAGAUCCAGGAGAUCCUGGAGCGCAAGGCCCAGCGGCCGCCGCUCAAGCGGCGGACGUCGGUGACGCGCAUGAGCCUGGCGGACAAGAACAGCGCCGUGGUCAAGGACACCUCCUCCGAGCGCAACGCCAUCGAGGCCCACCUGAUGCUCUCCAAGGUCGACGAGGAAGCGGAGAGGAAGUCGGAGGAGAGGGAGAUAGGUCUGCUUCCCAAUUCCCUGGAGGAGAGACAAGUUGCACGAAAGAACGAGGUGAACCGGGCGGUGAGCAACGCCUUCCUCGAAAAUGCCGCGGAUGCCACCACUCCCGCCGCGGACAAAACGAGACAGUCUGUGGAGAAGGAGGGGGAGGAGGUGACUCUUGCCCUUCGGAGGCUGCGGCGCCCAAGCCCCGCCCCCAAUGUGGAGCCGUGCCCCGUGGAGACGGUGGUGACGGUGGCGCACCCACAGCGGGAGUCGGUCAUUACGCCGGCGUCCCCACCGCCGGUCGCCGUGGCGACCAUCACCAUCGACGACAAGAAGAAGGAGCCCUCCCCUCCAUCGGAGAUCGUCACUUUGAGGAAGAGGCUACGCGUCAAUGCGGAACCGGAGAAUGCGGACGACACCACCACGCCCUCCGAAAACAGCUCGCAGGGUCCUCUCAAGAGGACGUUUGUGAUGCCGGUGCGGGACGAAGAGUCCGAGACGCAGCGGAAAGCGCACGCCAAGAGGGUGCGGGAGACCAGGCGCUCAACUCAGGGUGUGAUGCUGGAAGACCUGAAGUCUGCCGAACAGCAGCUGCAGAAGAAGCAGCAGGAGCGGGACGAGGGCAGGCAGGAGAAGCCCCCUUCUUCGGCGGCCGCUGCCGUGGCAACGACGACCGCGACGACCACCACGUCUGCUCCGUCCUCUGCCGCGACGACCACCGCCCUGUCGGAGGAACUCGGCCGGCGGCUCUCUUGGAGGAACAGGGACAAGCAGGAAGAGGAGGUGCCGGCGGUGCGCGUGGUGCCCAGCAGUCCGGAUGGCACACCCGUGGUGACCCUUUCUAUGCCGGCGAGAGCCAGGGUUCAGAGGGCGACCGUUACCGGCUCUGGCGACGUCAGCCACACGGUCACCGUGCCCAUACGCCCUCGGUCGGCUCUGGACGACCUCUCCCUACGAGACGGAAGCGACGCGGACAAGGACGACUCAAGGACAAAUUCAGCUGUGCAGAGGCGGAGGAGGCCCAAGCGGAGGUCCACGGGCGUGGUCUACCUGGAAGGAGAGGGAUCCCAGGAACCAUCACCGGAGAAGGAAAGCGCAGACCAGGACAAGCUGCGGAUAGGUGCUCACGACCUGUCAAACGACGUCAAGAGCAUGCCGGACCCUGUGCGCGCGAGGAGCGGCUCCGCGGGUUCUCUGGCGGACAGCACCAAGUCGGAGACGGAAUCUCGGCUCAGCAGCAGCGCGGCCAGCCUCCAAGACGACGACGAGCUAGACUACAAGAAGCUCUACCUGGAGCUGAAAGAAGUGCACGAGCGGCUCAAGGGCAAGGUGUCUCGGCUGGAGGAUGAGCUGGAUUCCACAAAGCGUCAGCUGGAGAAGUCUCAGCUGAACAAUCGGAAUUCUCUAAGCGACGCAGAGAAGCGGGAACGCCGGGCUCUCGAGAGGAAAAUCUCGGAACUGGAGGAAGAACUCAAGGGGGACCAGGGUCGGACGGAGACGUCUCGUCUCCGCGAGGAGAAUGCCCGCCUGCGCGAAGAGAACGGAGCCCUCAUCCGGGUCAUCAGCAAGCUGUCCAAAUAGGCUGCUACGCGGCCCAGCAAGACGUCCGAGUAGACGGCCGUGCGGCGGGCAGCCGGAACACGCUCCCUCCGACGUCCCACUUCGACCCUGCCACCGAAAAUGCUCACUCCGCGCCACCACUUCUUUGUUCCCACCCCCUCUUUUUUUUUCCUCCUCGCCUUUUAUUUUUGUUCCCUCUCUCCCCAUUACGUCGUGGUUGUUUGCCGCUUUCCUUGUUGUCGGAGCGGCGACGGAACUUGUCGGCAAGUGGACGACCGUCGUCGCUGCCGUCGUACUCGUCGUGGGCCGAGAAGACGCCGUGCCGCAGCAGAAAAGUCCGUGUGCGUCAACCGUUUGUGUCCGGCCGACCGAUCGAGAGAAAGACGACGUGUCUGUCGUCCGCUUGCGGCAGAAAGGACGGAAGGAAGUUUUUUGUUUGAUGCAUGUGUGAGGGUUGUUUUACAUUUUUAGUAAAGUCUUUGAACCGAGCUCGACGGGGAAAGACACCGGUGACGAUGUCAAUUUAUAGAAAUCUGAGGUUCUUCUGGGAGGACGGACUUAUUGGCAGCGAGGCCAUCACAAUUUUUACCUUCACAGUUUAACGUAAAAGAUUGCACGAACAAAAAAAAGCGAGCCAUCUUUUUUUUUUUCUUUCUUUUUUUUUCCUGUUUUGGCAUACAUUUGCGUGCUCACACUAGCAACGCAACUAGUCAUGCUUGAUUGCAGCGACUGGUGACACCUAGCUAACCGCAUUUAUUCGUAUCCAACUACAGUCUAAGCUCGUUAUAACAGACCUUGAUUUUAACCAAGAUUUUGGUCUGUUGUAAAAGGAGUAUGUUGUAUGCAGAUACGAAGUUGAGUCAAUGGUACAUAGAGGAAAACCAAUUGAACUUCACAAAUCGGUAUGUUAUACCCAAAUGUCUCUUGUAACCAGGUCUGUUAUAACGAGCUUAGACCGUAUCGCAGUCUCAAAGCGUGGAGAGGACGUCAGAAUGUGACGUGGUGCUCUUGUUGUAACGGUCACGUGUACCGCGGGCUAAGGACGGCGUUCACUCUGUCUCUCCCUCAAACACCCCGGCCAUCUGGCCCGUUCCCGAUUUUCCUUUUCCGUGCCCCGUCGAAGCGAACCCGCCUCCGCAAACUGCAACCCCAUCUAGUCUUGGAGGUGUCGUGGCUUCGAUCUUGGGUUUCUUUUUCCCUUUUUAUUCUCUCGGCUGUACAUGCGGGGUUUGGAUCCCUUUUUUAGAAUGUUUUCUGCAUUGUAACGGCAUUUGGCCUUAAAGCUUGUUGAGAUGCUUCGCAGACAAAAGAGCUUUGUAAGUGUUUUGUGGGCGACGUUUUGUCCGAAAAAAACUGAUGGACGUUUUGCUUCGGUGCGUGUUGAGCCAGUACGGACACUGAUCUGAGACGUGCUUGUUUUGGAGUUGGGAGACAUGACCGCCUUCGUUUUUUUGGUAGGUUUUGUAUUGGGUCUUUUGUAUGAGCAAGUACCCUGUGAACAUCUAUUGAAUGUAUAAAUCUAGCCCCUACUUUUCUAGGAGUAAUCCUCUUCUUUAUGCUUACCUGCACCUUUACAAAAGAAUAAAAUGGUGGUAUUUGCGAGUAAAAUGCUGGUUUACUCCAUCUGACGGAGGAGUCUAGUGCCCAUUUAACACCCUCUUGGGAUGUCUGAAUCUAAGACUACCUUGCUGGGGGAAUAACAGUUCUAUUCUACUGGCAGUCAGGUCCAUGACAUACUACUAUACUUCUGGAGUAGAUUUACAUCCUUUAUACGAGUACUACAAGCUUGCAGGGCAUGAACCAUUUUUCAUAAGGAAAACCCAGUAUGCCUACUUCUGACCGACCCCACAGGAUUCUAAUGUGUCUGGGGCUGAAGGAAGGUUUCACGAGAGCUUAUCUGUUUCUAACCUGCCAGUUUACCGAUUUCGUGGCCAAACUUGUUGCCUUGGCACUGAAUGGAUGGCGAAGUACAAAGCUCAAGCUCACUUUGAGUAGUCUGUGGAUUUACCACAUUUGGGUGGGAGUCAAUAACGGGCAAGCAUCUACAAUGCUAGCAUAGUCCGGCGCCUUUUUGAAAGCGUUUUCAUAGUUCUGCAUAGCGAGUUUGUGGGCAGACUACCAUACUCCUCUUUUGGAUCAGUUAGCCCCCAAAAAACAUGGCCGCACUCACCACUUGUUCGAUAUUCGUGGCGUCACCUUGUGUCACUUGGGAGCGUCUUUUGAUUCUAUCGAAAAGUGGAGCUCUAGGCUUGUGCCCGCGCUUGAUUGCUUAUUUAUUGCUUCUCUUUUUUCCCCGUGGAUCCCAACAAGACGUUUUCCCUAUUUGUCCCCAUUUCCCUGGACGUGUCCCUUACCGUUGUCACUAGUGCGCAGACGUUUCCCUACGAUUUUCCCUGAUGACCAGAGGUUGUCCCACAGUUGCCUCCUAGGCGUGUCCUCUGGGCUUUCACUCCUCUUGUUGGAUUGGAUUACGUGAGACUUGGGCGUUACGAUGCAGUACCCUGUGGCAAGCAGACGCAUCUCGUUCGAGCUGUGCCCUUGAAUACCUUUUUUAGCUUUCCAUGUGUGUUUUUACACUCAAUCGAACAAAGUGGCAAAGCUAGUAGUAGUUCCUUCUUUUUUUUUGCUUGGGUCUUUCGUGUUAGGAUGUGUGCGGCUGGUAUACUUUUAGACGAGGCUUUUUGCGCGCUGUGUACAUAUCCCUGGGGGCCUGUGAAUAAUACAACUUGCAGAAGCGAGAGGGUGGGACGAGACAAAUGUGCCUUUGUAUACACACCUUACUUAAGACGACGUAGUCUAGAACAAGGUAGUACAAUAAAUUUUCUCCGCGGGGGUUUGUUACUCGGAGCUGUGUGUGCAUUCAAAGAUACUCUGCCAUUUUUUCCCUUUCCUGUCUAUGUUGUGGAGAAGUGGGAAGGGGAGAUGCCUCGGUGUCGAUUCCCGCCUGCUCUGGUGCGAUGAGCGGUGUAUUUCGGAAGGUCGGCAUAUUUCUGCGUUGACGUAAUAUAUUUAUUUAUGAUGUGCAUGCGCGAAUAGAACUUUCUUCUGUGUCAUCCCCCCCUUCUCCAAGUAACUUGAUCAUGGCUGUUCGAAGCAACUGUUUGAAAGUAGGCACUUCUUUUUUUUUCUAAGUGUCAGUCUUGACAUGUGUGUUUGUAAUAAAAGGCUUUUUUUUGUGAGA